AUGCGUUCACUUGGUUUCGUCUCAUUUUCUUUCCAGCCUUGUCCAGAAAACUUGACCGACUCCGUGGGUGCAAUCCAGGUCGACCGGACGGUUCCCUCAUGGAAGGAGUUGCGUGCCAAAUACAUUAAGUCGGCACGAUCCCUACCCCAAACAUAUUCCGGAAGUCGGAUUAAUGAUUCACUGCGUACCUGGCUCUUUGUCCACAACUUCAGUCAAGGUGGCACUCCAUCAUUCGGUCUCUGGUCUCCGGUUGAAUGUCGUCCACGCCAAACAGUCGCGGUGAUUAUUCCCUUCCGCGACCGCGAGGCACAUCUACGAGUCUUUCUCAACCACAUGCACACAUUGUUCCGCCAUCAGCAGUUGUUAUAUUCUAUUUUUGUGAUCGAACAAGUCGGCAAAACUAUUUUCAACCGUGCCGCUUUGUUCAACGUUGGUUUUCUCGAGUCCGAUCGGUUGGCCCAAUUCGAUUGUUUUAUCUUCCAUGAUGUGGACUUACUUCCUCAAGACGAUCGGAUUCCGUACCGUUGCACCGAACAACCAAUCCACUUAUCCGUCGCACUGGAUCGAUAUAACUACAAAUUACCUUACGCCACUCUAUUUGGUGGUGCAGUUGCACUAACACGCGAUCAAUUCAAGCGUGUACGUGGUUUCUCUAACUGCUUCUUCGGAUGGGGUGGCGAAGACGAUGACAUGUACAUUCGCGUGCGUCAUUACGGAUAUCAAAUUUUCCGGCAUCCUCCCUCGAUCGCUCGGUACACAAUGCUUUCGCAUACUCGUGAAAAGCUCAACCAACCGAAUCCAGCCAGACACAAACUGCUAUUGAACUCCAGAGAGCGGCUGCUAACUGAUGGGUUCCCGGAAACGGAUUAUACGCUAGUCUCUGCCAAACCGAUGCAUGAUGGUCUGGUUUACUGGAUCGCGGUGGAUUUGGCCGAAAACAGAAUACGACACAAGUUUGUGAGUCUCCUUGUUCCUUGGUGCUUCGUGUACGUCUGCAUUGGAAACGCCAGAUGAUUGUGGCUGCCUACCGGUAUUCCAGCUUAUGUACGCAUACGCACCCAUUAUCUUUGUAGUGACCUACCAGCUCCCUUUCUCUCCUCAAUUGUGGAAAUCGCGCACUUAUAAUUUCUCUCCGUGGCCGUCGCACCUACGAAUACCUGUAACACACGCAUCGUUGCCAUUUAUUCUGCUACCAUUCAACAAUGAACUGAUUGGAUAAAUCAGCACUUCAACUUUCAUCCACUUAUCUUGCGGGUAAUUUCCGCAGCCUUGUUUUCCAUAUUCCUACAUGUUGGUGGUAGCUUUAUGUCGUACCCAUUCAAGGGGAAUACAAUCAAGACCGGUCAUUUCUCCUAUCGCUCUUUCCCUUCUCAUAGCCUCAUCUUUUCGUCUAUUUCUCAGUGACUACUUGUCUACGUCACUUUUUCACUCAAAUGUCCAACCUGGUUCUUCUUCUUCAAUCGUACUUUUUCAGUAAUCACAACACGCUUGGCCUCCUAGGGUUAUGUAUGGAUCUGUAGUGUGGCAUCACAUCC